AUAAGCAUGGCUCAAGACUCGCGCUCUGUCCAUUUUCCAGUUGGCAUUUUAGGGAUCUCCAGUGGUUCCCUGCUGCUUCUAGUAAACAACUAUGCCAGCACUUCUGGGGAAGACUUCAUCCCUCAGACUGCACUGGGGAUUCUUCUCCUAGUGAUUGCUGCUGUUUUAGCAAAUGCAGGUGUCCUCGGUCUCUCCCACGGCCAACUGUUUUCCCUCUUGUGUCUGACAGUGUCGGGGCUAUGGACCGGCUCAGGCCUGGUGUACAUUCUAGCAGGACAAGGGGUCAUUCCGCCCGAUGACCUAGGACCAUCCCUGGUUCCUGGCCUGGCUGCUUUCACCCUGGCACUCCUCCUCAUAGCUAUCGUAGCACUCUUAGCAAAGAAGGCUGUUCUCUUUAUCAUAGCGCUCAGCAUUAGCCUAGCAUGCGCCCAUGAAAUAGCAGGUCUGUCGGCCGCUGGCUUUGGCCGAUCCGCCACGGCCGCUAACUACCUCUUUGUCUGUUUGGCGGGGGUCUACUUUGGCGUUGGACACCUGUUGUCUUACAUCACCCACGGUGAGGUGGAACUGGUCGCAACCUGGGCGAAGGAGAAGCCUGUUCAGAAAGCACAGCAGGACCCAGAAUGCACCAGCAUGACGUUAGUAAGCCUGGUGAUGAACCUUCUGGCUGCCUCCGUGCUAGCUUGUCCUCUGCUAGGCGUGGUUCCUCAGCUCUCCACGGGCCACGUGCCUUGGCUGUGGACGGCCGGCGUGUUUCAGCUGGCCAUGUGCGUCCUCUCCUACCGGGACAUGGACCCGCUCGGAGCCACCUUCUGCGGCUUCAUGGCUCUGCUGAGGUUUGCCGAGGGCUACACUGCGCUCCUUUUCUCCAUCCAGCCCUAUUCCCCCGUCCCCUUCCCCGUCGUCUUCUCCGUGCUGCUCUUCAUCAUGGCCGUGUUCAGCUGUCAGAAGAGUCUGACAGAGGGCGUGUACCAGCUGUUCUUUGUGGCUUACCUUAUCGCCGUCGCCGCAGAGCCCCUCGGCUUCCUCCAAAGAGGUACCCAGGGUGUGCAGGCGGCCAUUUUUGUAGUCUCCGCUGGCGUGUUGUUUGUUUACGCUCUCAAUAUGAACUUCAGCCGGAGAAUUCCUACAGGACAGGGCCUUUUGAAGGCUUUGGUGAGCAAGAUAAAUGCCCUCACUCUUAGAACCCACGACAAAGACUUUCACACGCCUUAUCUGGGCCUCUCCAAGUACGCUGACGCGGAGGUGCUGGGGCAUGCCUGCAGUGUGCUGGCUGCUUUCGCCAUCACAGCCACCAUCGGGGAACGCGGUCCGCUCUUUGUGCUGGUCCUCCCCUGGGCAGUAGUAGCGGGCGGGGUGCUCCAGUUGCUUUGUGGCAGUGUGUGUUUCGCACGGGGUAAGACCCUAGAGAGCACGGCCUUUAUUCUGUACGGCGUGAUGUGGGUCGUAUGGGGGCUGACGCGAUACGGCGGCCUGUACGGCGAGAGCAGAGGGUUUAACGUGGCCGUGGGAAUCAUCGGCUUCAUGCUGUUCAACGCCUUGGUUACCGUGGCGGCGCUGUUCCUGAACGUAGCUUGGUUCGCCUACGCGCUGACCUUCCAGCUCAUCCUCAUUAGCUUCCUGCUCGACGCCAUUGGGUCCCUGCCGUUCGGCUAUGACAUCGGGGUCACCAUCAUCUUCGGCCUGGUCAGUUUCUAUUGUUUCCUGGCGCACCUGUUCAACGGCACCUUCCAGUCCCCCCAGAUCCCUUUGGGACCAGCUCUUGUCAAGUUGAGUGGUACCGGGGGAAGCAGGGAUGCUUGCCUGCACGUACCAGCCCGGAAGGCUGCCUCCGUCAACCAGAUCGCAGAAAUCAUGAAAAACGGCGGCAUAUGUGGAAUGCCGACAGAUACCGUCUACGUGCUGGUGGCAGCUUGCAACAGGCCGGAUGCUGUUGUCAAAGCUUACAAGGUGAAAAAGCAGGCCCAGGAUCGGCCCAUGUCGAUGUGGAUCUCGUCCAUAAAGCAGUUGGAUCCGGUCAAGCACCUGUUGAGCCCCCUGCUGCUAGAUUUCAUGGAGGCUGCAUGGCCCUCCUCCAUAAGCAUGGUCAUACCCAGAGGGCCCUGGCUGGAUGCCUUUGGUUUAGGAGAGGCAGCGAAACACAUUGGAACCCCACAGAGCAUUGCAAUCAGAAGCCCGGACUGUACCGUUGCCACACAUCUCAUUAAUAUGGUAGGACCAAUAGCUGUUACAUCGGCUAACCCUACAGGUGAAGCAGACACAACUCAUCACAAUCAAGUGUAUGCCAAACUAGGAGACAAGGUCAAUGGCGUCCUAUGUGAUGGGCCAUCUCCAGAAAACAUUGCUUCUACUGUGGUAGACUGCACCAAGAUUGAAACGGGUCAUAUUGGUUUCUUCAGGGUGGGUCUCAUCCCAAAAUCAAAGGUUCUGCAAAUUUUUGAAGAGGUUCAAAGACAACAAAAGCAUGGGAAAAUGAAUCCUGCUUUUGAGGCGGAUAUUUCAGACUCACCAAGGAGUGUCAAUCUAUAUGCUAGUGUAGAUGAAGAGAUCACAGAGGAGCCUGAACAAUGAAAUGAGUGACCACAACUCUGAAUAAAGUAUGAGUCAACGUAUGAAAUGCAUUGCUCAUAAGCAGUCAUUAAACGUGAUGGACCACUAUGAUACAAGUGCAUGGGCUACUGCCUAACCAUGAGGAAAGAUGCACUUAAUUUUUAAGGUUUCCUCGAUCAGUAUAUAAUGUCAUGAAUAAUGACAGAUACUUUAAAAGUGUAUGUAUACUUGUUAUAGAGGAAUAUUGAUAGAAAUACCAACAUGCCAAAAAUGAACACAUAAAUUAUUUGUAAUAUAUUUGUGAUAAUGUAAAUUAUUAUUGUUUGUUUAUUGACUUUGAAUUAAAUAUACAUAUGAACUUACAUAAAAUCUGCACUAUUACCACACUGUUACUUUACAAAGGCUAAUGGGGUUGUUUUUCAUGCCACUGUAACUGUAAAGAAAAU